ACAUGCAAGAAGGAUCUUUGAACGCAGCAUAGCUAACAUCCGAAAUGUAGCCUAGCUUGUCUUUGUGACUGACGGAAAAAUAUUAAUAGCAUAGUCUGAUUUUCUUAGCCUUUAAAAAGUGCAUUUUUACUUACAUAAUGGUUGUAGACGACGUUUUGUUUAUGUCUAUCCUGAAAGGGCAACGUAUCAAACUAACUCUGAAGACUUCGUCGUACUCCGGGGUCGUCCAACGUGUUAAUCCAAACAAAACGUUGAUUUUGGCGGAUGUUACUAGCAGCGAUGGAUGCAAACUUCCUGGAACCAAAUUGUUUUUUGGCCACGAGAUACUCAAUGUUGAAUUCCACAAUGAAGAAAGUGGUGUCCGUGGAAAUAUUCAUUCCGAUGGGCUUGAGGAGCAGCCGAAUGUAGAAAAGUUUCAACCCUGCAGAACAACAAUGACAUUAGAUAGUGAAAAAGAUGAAGAGGAGUUAAUCAAUUUUGCAGUCAUUGAUGAGUUCCACGAGAAGUUUGGACCUGCUGUGAUGCACAUCAAAAAGCAGCAUGUUAUUGGUGUGGGAGCUGAAGGAGUUGAGACAUUUAAGAAUGGAAGACUGUGUUGGCUGCAGAUUGCUACUAAAACAAAGGUGUACUUAUUUGAUAUUCUGCUACUUGGAGUACGGGGAUUUAAGAACGGUCUCUCCAUGAUCCUGGAAAGUAAGAACAUAUUAAAGGUCAUUCAUGAUUGCAGAGCCAUUGCUGGAUGUCUGAUUUCUCAGUUCGGAGUUAAGUUGACCAACGUCUUUGACACUCAGGUGGCAGACGUAAUGUGUUUCCACACAGAGACAGGAGGAUUCCUUCCUGACAGAGUCAGCACUCUUGAAGAGGUGUUAAGUCUCCAUCUGAAAGUGCCCCCAUCCAGGCUCUCUUCUCUUCAGGUGAAGUCACAGCUCACUAAGGAAGAAAGGGAGAUGUGCUACAAACGGCCUUGUCCUGUACCCUUGCUGAACGUGAUGGCUUUGUCAGUGAUUCACCUACAGCCUCUCCGACUGGUGCUGCUAGACACUCUCAUGGCUGACUACAUGGCUCUGGUGGAUUCCUACCUCAACAACAGGUUCUACAAACCUGAUGAACUGGGACAUGUCAGUAUGGAAGGAGCGUUGGAGUUGCCCAGCGAGCUCAGGCAAAUAGACAAAAUGCGUUAUGAGCGGCAGGAAUGGGCUACCAACCACUACCCUGUUACAGAAGAGGGUCUGCUGGCUCGCUUCAACCCACACCCUGAGUCAUCAUCCCAGGCCUCUCCUGAAGAAGAACAGAGCAAGACACAGCCUGUCACUUUUGAACCUCUGGAGCCACCGUCAUCCCCAAAAAUGAGCCCUCUUGUUAACCAACAAACCGCAAACCUUUCGAGCGCCACAACUGUUUUGUCUGUGGAUGCCCAUGCUUCUUCCAGCCUGCCAAUCCAGUCUCCAGCCAAAGUGUUGCACCUUGAAAAAGAAAAAUCUGCCAGUAGUUGUCUUCCUGCAGGUGUGGACCGAGGAUGCGAAGGGGCACAGAUGGAAAUAAUGGGAAGAGGAGCGCCAUUUGGGAAAGACCCUUCAUCUGCCUCCCUUACCCAAGACACAAAGCCUCAGCCUGGCUGCCCAGAUAAAGAGCUGUCCAAGGACACGUCUGGUUUAAGCGGGGAGCAUUUUUCUCCAACUCCCCAGUCCCUCUCAUUUUCGCUGAGUCAGUCAUUCAGGUCUUUUAGGUAUUGAAGUAAACCUCUGAGCCUUAGUGCUGUUUAAGUUGUGAUUUUCUAAAGUGGCCAGUAGAUGGCAGUAAAUAUUCUCCUUUUGUAAUAGUUUGAGAGCAGUCAGUUGCAUUUAAUGAAAAAUAGAAAAAAUGUUGUUUGGGUUAUGUAGUUUAUGUUCAUAUUCACACAGUAUUUGUGUUGUUAAUUUAAAAAAAACUUUUAUGUUCCUAUAAUUUUUUGCCUCUAAAUCCUUCUGAUUUUUCUUUUAAUAGUUAAUGGUGAUUGUUCUCAGAACAUUUAUAUAAUUGAAAAUUACUUUUUGCCCUUUUUUUUUUAGAUAAAAAGUUUCAAUUACAGCUUGUUAGUUUAUGUUCUGAUAAUAUGUUCCAAAGUGCUAAGAAAAAAAACUUUGGGCUGUGAAAGACAAAAUAAAACCAACCAGCCACCUGUUAAACAUAGCAUGCUAAGCUCAGUGUGAUUGAUUACUUGUUCAGCUUGGUUUCUGUUUUGCAGUUAAUUUUGAUCGUUAGAAGCAGGGACAAGCAUUGAUGGAUCUACUGGUAACUGAGCAAAAACAUUUCUGGGUGACACUUCUUUUGAUUACUGAUGAUUAGGAAAACAAAUAGCAAUAAAAAAAAAAAAAAGUACCAGA